CUAAACUCGCAAAACUUCUAAAACCCUCACAUAAACCUUACAAUCAAAAUUCCCAAGCAAAUUCUUAUCGUUUAUCUCCCAACAUCCUUUUUUCUCUCUCCUAAAUUUCUUCAUGCUCCAGUUUAAUGCAUAAAAAUGGCCAAUUUAUCAACAAACUGGGUUUUUCAAGAUAGAGGAUUGAGGUGUAUGAUUCCAUGUGAUGGCUCGUUUUUCAAGGCCUCAUCUUCCAAUUCAAUGUUACUUAACAGAGGGAGACUGUGUCCUCUGCCAGCAAGGUCUCGGUUACACAGUAUAAAGUGUCAACAGGAGGAAGAAGCCUUUGAGGAAGUAUCUGUUGAGCGUGCACCAUAUUACAGUUAUAAGGACUCUUCAUCCGGGAGGAUUGAGCCUGCCUCUGGUGCACGUGCAAGUAUUCCAGGACAGGAUUACUGGCCUGAAGGCACUGCUGAUCGCGUUAGAGCUGCCAGAGCUCCUGAACCAAAAGGAGAGUCAACAAGUGAUUCAUCCUUUGGGAAGAGGCCUGGAAGCAGGCGUAAAAACUAUAAAGGCUCAGUUGCUGUUGCUGUUGCUGGCUCGCAGGAACUAAGUCCAGUUCUUUCAGACCCAGAAUUAACAGAGACUUCAGAUGAUAUUGGUGAAGAUCCUAUUGAUUCUUCGGAAUAUGUUGUCUAUCAGGCUGACCUUGAAAGUGAGGAGCUGAGUGAAUAUGAGAAGGACAAAAAAUUUGGACGACCUCACCCAUUUGUUGAUCCAAAAGUGAAAAAGCCAAUAGAGGAGCCACUUACAAGUGAAGAACUUUGGUGGAACUGGAGAAAACCAGAUAAGGAGCAAUGGUCUAGAUGGCAAAGGAGGAAACCUGAUGUUGAAACGGUUUUCCUUAAAGCUAUGGCUGAAACUGGGCAAGUGAAGCUUUACGGUGAGCAACCAACACUAACAGAGACUUCACUUUACAGAGCAAGGCGCCAUCUUUUUAAAGAGGAAAGGCUAAAAGCUGAACAGGAGAGAUUAGAGAAAAUAGGCCCAAUGGCAUUUUAUUCAGAAUGGGUUAAAGCCUGGAAAGGAGAUACUUCACGUGAAGCUAUUCAGAAACAUUUUGAAGAGACCGGUGAAGAUGAGAAUACCCAACUUAUUGAAAUGCUCUCUCAUCAGACGGAUAGAGAAUAUCGCAUAAUGAUGGGGACUGAUAUCCGUAUACGCAGGGAUCCUUUGGCUAUGCGCAUGCGCGAGGACCAAAUAAAGGAAAUAUGGGGUGGGGAUCCCGUUUAUCCAACUAUUAAUUACAUUCAAGACCCAGAUAUUGUGAUUGAUUAUAGAGGUCCAGAUUUUCAUGAGCCUACGCCUAACAUGCUGGCUCAUCUAAAGGAGCAUGGAAAAAUCAUUUCAAGGGAGGACCUAGAAAAGCUUUUGGCCAAAGAGAAGACUGAAGAGCACGAGCUGGCAGAGGUAGAUGACGCUAUGGCACGUGCUAUUGACAUAGGUGAAAAUGAGGAUGAGGACGAGGAUAGUGACUCGGAGGGUAAUGAUGAGGCGGAAGAGAAGAUUAAUAGAAACUGGAGUGUCCAUAAAAGCAAUCCUCAGCUUCGCAAGUCAAAGGACAAACCUAAGAAGAAAGACUCCUUGAGUUUGGAUGAGGCUGUAGAUGAUUCAGAGAAUUUAACUGAUUUUCUGUUGGACUUCGACGAGGAAGACUGACACCUGAAACUGAAUGGCGUCAACAUUGAGAUAUGAUAUGAAAUGAAUGAUAAUGCAGUACUAUCAAGUGACAGGUUCAGAAGUGAAGCAACUAUGGCACAGUUGUAUUAUUGUUCAUCUAGAAAGCUACGAGUGUUUGGUAAAAGUAGCGGUUGAGAUUGUAAAAUACCAACCAAAGCUAUUUUGUUUAAAAUUUUAUUAUAAUUUUAUCAAAAGUUACCCGAUACCUUCAAACGCUA